GUUUUUGAACAGGCCUAUCUAAAGGUUAAAUAGUGCCAACUGAUGAUCAACAGUAAAAAUGAGAAGUUGUAGUAAAUUUGAACAGUACCCAAGGGUUAAGAAGAAUUAUGUAAUGUUUUGGCCACAUUUGCACAUCAGUGUAUGUGUACCCUUAUAGGCUUGUCUUUGGCUCUGAAAUGCUGUGUUGUAUCUCAUAGUUGACUCUUGUCUCUUUUAAUAAAGCAUUGAUUAUGGGGAUAUUGACAUGAGAAUUAGGAUGCAGAGAAGGUAUCAUGUUGCCUAUAUGCUUCCUCGACUGCGUAGGGGCACAAAAGAACCUCCUGUUGCCCCUCCGUCCAGAUCUCCAAUCAAACUUGGCUUUAUUCGGACCUUCGGUUUAAUCUCGGGGAGCUUUAGAAGCUGUCCACAAAAAGCUAUUGUAUCUUACUUAAUUAUAACCUCAGAAAUGAUCUGACCUGGCCGGUGCCAGGUGCAGUGAAGUGUGCAAAAGCUUGCAUGCCAUGAGGUCCCAUUGGAUAAGGAAAGAAACAUUAGAUGGCCAUCGUGAUCGGAUAAGUGGAAAAUAAUCUAACAAUGUUAGAUCUAAAAAAAAAAAGCAAACUUCGGUAAAGAACUAAUGGAAAGUCGUUCCCUCCCAUUUUGGUUUCUGAGACUGGUGGGUACCCUAAAAAGGGAGCAAUAUGAGCCCAAAGCCUCUUUUUUCACCAUUACUUCCCACACCUCCUCUGUGAGUUUGAGCCCAUUUGGAAGGUUACUGUUCAAAGUCAGCAUGGAUCUUCCAGGAGGACAUCUUGCUGUGGUGCUGUUCCUGUUUGUUCUGGUUUCCAUGUCCACUGAAAACAACAUUAUCAGAUGGUGCACAGUGUCUGAUGCCGAAGAUCAGAAGUGUUUGGAUUUAGCUGGAAAUGCCACAGCCAGGAACCUUCGCGGACAACUAGUGUGUGUGAGGGGCCAAAGUCCCACCGACUGCAUGAAGCAAAUCAAGAAUGGUACUGCAGAUGCCUCUACUAUGUAUGCGGAUGAAAUCUACACAGCUGGAUUUUGCUAUGGCUUAGACGUGGCUGUAGGAGAGUCUUAUAACGGUGUGGAUGGCAUUAAUUAUUAUGUAGUUGCUCUGGCACGGACGUCAUCCAGUGAUCUUUCACUGCUGGAGAUGCACGAGCGCAGCUCUUGUCACCCAGGGAUGAGAACUACAGUGGGCUGGACCGUCCCCAUCGGCUUCCUGGUCAACACAUCACAGAUUAGUGUGGAUGUGCAAUGCAACUUUCCUCACGCGGUCGGAGAUUUCUUUGGAUACAGCUGCGUCCCAGGCGUAAAGGACCCAGAACACGAUCCCAAAGGAAACAACCCAAGGAAUCUGUGUGAGGCCUGCAUCGGGGACGAGAACGACCGCCACAUUUGUGCCAACAACCCUCGGGAACGGCACUUUGGAGAGGCUGGAGCUUUGAGGUGUGUGGCAGAAAAUCUUGGCGACGUUGCUUUUGUUAAGCACACUACAGUCUUUGACAACAUGCAGGGUAAGAACCAGGAGUCUUGGGCGCUGGACUUGGAGCUGGAAGACUUGAAGCUCUUGUGUCCUGACGGGAGUGAAGCGAACCUGUUCCAGCAUGAGAGCUGCCACCUGGCUGUAGUGCCAACCAAUGCCGUGGUAGUGCGUUUGGAGGACAAAUGCCGCGUUUACAAGUUCUUGGAACGUGUGCAGAACGCAUUUGGUAACACCACUGAAGGAUUCUCUCUGUUCAGCUCGGUGAAUUAUGGGCAGCCUGAUGUGCUGUUCAGCGAUUCCACCAAAAAGUUGCUCCGCGUCAUGGGGACCUACACUUCCUGGCUGGGACCCAGUUACACCACCAUACUGAGGGCCUUUGAGUGUGAAGGUUUGUGUUGAUCUGAUGAGGAAAGGGGAAACUGUAGACCUGGCCUCCAUCGCUCUCACACAGACCCUAAAGCACUCUGUGUGCAGCGUGUUACUCUCGUAUAUGGGCUGAACACCACCUCUCGCCUGUGCUUUAUAGUACUGCUAUUACUCCUCUGUUUUCACAGUCUUUGUAUGGCUUCAUAUAUCUUAUUUACUUCACUUCUCUGGUCUCUGCCGCUAAAGCCAAGUUCCUGUCAUGUGAAAAAAAAAUACAAAAAUAAAUGCAAAAAGAUGUAAACUUUUGUGCAGAAAAGCACUGCAGGGGAACACACCACACACCAUGAAAGGAUUCUGCCUUGACUUUGUUGCCAAUUCAUUACAGUUCAUUCAAGGGAUGUAAAUAUUUUUGGCCACAAAGCGCAGCUCUUGUUUUGGUCUGCUUUAAGGCCCAAAGCAUACUUUAUGCAAGUACAUGAACGCAAAUGCUUUUUACAGUUAAAAUAGAUUUAUUUCGUGUUAUUUGUCGAAGACUAUUAUUAGUAUGUCAGACUAAAAUUGUGUUGCUUUUUUAACACAUAGCUGAAAAUAGCAUAUUCUACAGCAAG